AUGAUUUUCCCGAAAUUGAGAUAAGUGAGGAAGCCGAGAAAACUUUACCGGAAACAGAGGGGAGUAAUAUAACCACUCCUUCUAUCCUAUUGAACCAUAUCUCUAAUUCGAAAAGUGAGGAAUCUGAGCCAGAGGCCAGCUUACGCCAAUAUGCCAUCGAACAUAAAAUGGAUCCCGGUAAAUUUUCGAUUAUUACUGAGGCUGAGAAAAAAAGGUGGAUAAUGGGAUGCUUCCGUGAUGACUUGGAAAGAGAUAUACGCUGUUAUCAAGGUGGAAUAAAGAGGAAGGAAGACCCUAGAAAAUAUCAUAAAUUUUUAACAGAUCGGGAUAGGCUGGUCGGUGAAGAGUUAUUACGUCGCAGUAUACUAAAGAGUAGGUUAAGUACUGUAUGGCUUGACGACCUUAUGAAAGAAUGGGAAGAAAUCCAUACUCAAUUCAUACAAAUUUUUAGUCAGGCCUAA